CGGACGCCUCUGGCUUUAACCCUGAUCGCUCUCACUUCCUGCGCCUUCCGGGUGAAUCCUAGCCCCAGGGAGGUGUGCGUGUGAAAGGCUAGCUAAAUUCUAGCCGCUGUUUUCCGACCCAGCUCUUCCACUCCAGGAAGCUUUCCAAACCCUCCGCAGUUCUGUUGCCACCGUCCCUAAAACUCCGACAUCUCUGGCCCCCGGGCAGCUGAGUCUUCUUCAUUCGCCAAGCACUUAUUGGACGCCUACUGUGUGCCUCGCCGCACUGUGUGCCAGGCUGGGGAGGAGGCACUCCCCACCCCCCCACGGCCUUCAGCUCUGAAUCCGGGAUCGCCCGCCAGGGCCAGACGUGGUGCGCGCGGCACUGUGGAGUAUUUCUCUGCCCUAGCUCUGCGUGGCUUUUCGGAGCCUUACGGCGCCCGCCUCCGCCCCGCCGGUUCGGCGCGCCGAGCUGCCGAGAACGCGGGCCGGAGCCGGACCCCGGCACCGCGCCGCCCAGCCGUGUCCCCGCGCCGGCCCGCAUGGAGGGGCCGGCGGAGCCCCCGACGCCUGAUCUGCGGGACGUGGAGGGCAAGGUGGGCAGGAAGACCCCUGAGGGGCUGCUCCGAGGGCUGCGAGGAGACUGGGAGCUCGGAACCUCGGACGCCCUGCAGCUCCCGGGGGCGCCGGGCCCCGGCCCCGGCCUGAGGGACAAGAUCGUGGCGCUGAGGCUGGAGCUGGCUUCCCUGAGAGCCAUCGACGUGAAGAUCCUGCAGCAGCUGGUGACCUUGAAUGAGGGGAUCGAGGCCCUGCGCUGGCUGCUGGAGGAGCGGGGCACGUUGACCAGCCACUGCAGCAGUCUCACCAGCAGCCAAUACAGCCUGACGGGCGGCAGCCCGGGCCGCUCAAGGCGGGGCAGCUGGGACAGCCUGCCGGACACCAGCUCCACGGACCGGCUGGACAGUGUGUCUAUCGGCAGUUUCUUGGACACCGUGGCCCCCAGAGAGCCGGAUGAACAGGGCCCCGCCGGGGGUCCCUGUCCCGAGAUGGACUGGGCCAAGGUGAUACCUGGAGAGGAGAGGGCCAGGACUGGUGUGGAUCUGACGGCCACCAGGCUAGGGGGCUGGGGGGCUUUAUGGAAGCCCCCGGGAGAGGGGGUGCAAGGUGGACCACCUGAGCCCCCAGAGGAUGAGAGUGCCACGCUGGGCUUUGAGGCUCACUGGUACUGGGGACAGUGCCAGGAUGACGUGACCUUCUUGUAACAGUUUUUGCACGCCUUUGUGUUCCUGUGGCACUUUCAUCCUUGGUCCUGGUCUCCCUCAAAAUUUGUUAUCUCUCAAAUCUGAGACUAGGAAUAGGCUCAUGGUAACUGAAACCAGUUACCAUGGAAACCUAGCUCACCCUUCCUGUGGUCCCUGGAGAUUCUCUGUCUUUAUCCCUCAAUUAUCCAGUCCCUAGAGCUAUUACCAUAGAGAUGCUGACUCUGGAUGCUGGGUGAUGCUGGGGCUGGGGCUCCUUGUGGGAGGGUAUCUCCAUCUUCCUCCCCUUGCUUUAUAAGGAUUUAAGGAGCCAUGGGAGGUCACUGAUGAAGUGGUGGGGGUGUAAUUACCUCACCCGAAGGCUAGGAGCUUUGUCUUUUCUUGGCCCAAAGGAGGGACAUGGACAUUGAGGGCCAGCCCUUCAUGGCUCUGUCCUCCCAGAAGUCUUUGGAGUUGGUAGACCCACCCCUUCCUAUCUGCUGAGUGAUAUCAUUUCCUGCCAGGAUGGACUAUGUGAUCGGGAUGUCUAAGUCCCUGCUGCUAAGCAGGACCAAUCACUUAACGUAUACCAUUACUUCUUUUGAGUGGGAACACGUCAUCCUCCAACAGGAAGGUUUCUCAUUGGAAGACAUGUGUGCUGCUUGUCAGACAGGGUGUUCUCAUUUCGUCCUGGGGCAUCUCACUUCCUCUGUGGCCGCAUCUCUCUUGGGUACCAGUACUCCUAUCUUUGUUCUUUUAGGGAGAGAAAUAGUCAGAGGCCUCCACCUGUGGCUCUCACAUCUGCUUGCCUGCUCUGCCACGGAGCCCUGUCUUACCGUGCUCCUGGCCGGCCCCAUUUCUGUAUUCUGACUUUUUUUUUUUUUUGGUACCGGGAAUCGCACUCAGGACCUCGCGCAUGCCAGGCCGGCGCUUGUGCUGCUGAGCUAUAUCCCUAGCUAUAGUCUGACUUCUUGCCUCCUGGUAGGAAGGUUCUAUUUCUGUGCUUCCAUAACUUCUCAGUCUCCUCUUCUGCCUUCAGUCCUUUUAUAUGCAGAUGAGUCCUGGUCCCACCCAUUACAGAUGGGAGCUAGAGGAGAAACUGUUUUUUUUUGUACCGGCAACAGAACUCAGGACCUUGGGCUUGCUAGGCCGGCGCUGUGCCACUGAGCUCUAUCCCUGGCCUGAGAGGCAGAAACUUGAGGUCUCGGGGCACCGAGAUUACACCAGAAUCUUGGAUGCUGGGGAGGUGUUGUUUUUCUCUGAGUCCGUGAGUGCCCUUCCCCCACCCCGUCCAGCCUUCCACCGUUUGGUCACAAGGAUGCCUGCCCGCGGUCGGGACACAAGAAUCCCCUUGUCUGGGCUACAAUGCGGGGGCGUGGCAGGAAAAGACAAAGGCUCUUUGGUCCCUGGGCCCCAUCCAGGGGACAGGCGAGGGAAAGUCCUUCUUUCCUCUCUUACAGCUAGCUCUGGGCCCUAGGAAGGGAGCAGGGGACCACCUCUGGAGGGCUGUGUCCCACGGACCUAGCUAAUUACACCAAAGAAGGAAUUCAGGGAAACUGCUAACCUGGGGGUCAGCGAGGCGGUGUGGGGGGAUGGGGCCAUGGCGAAUAUCAGAAUGAAUUCUUGGAGGUUAACCCUCUGAACCCCAGGUAAUCGUCCCUGUCUUUUCUGGGCUCCAAAAUCAGAUUACUAGAGGGAAAAAAGGGAGCAAGAAGGGUGAUCUUUGGUUGUUUAGUGUGUUGUACUGUUGUACGGAGCAGUCGCCCCAAAAUCCUGGAAUAGUUCUGCCAUUUCCUUACUUUGUAUUUUAGGUUUUAUGUUAUGUUCUACUUAAUAGUACUUCCGCGGGGCUGUGUCGCGCCUCCCCCAGUGCUUCUGAGCAAUACAUGGCUUCCACGGCUGUGCCGUGCAGACCCACUUGCCUCUUGCCAUCCGCUCAAAGUGUUUUAAAUCUCCAAAUCUCCUCUCUGCACCUUCUUUACCGCCUGCCAUCCCUGUGCUUACCGUUUCUCAUGGUCCUGGGCUUCCUGAGUUCCCCCUCAGACUAGGAAUUCAAAUACUUCACUUCAAAUCCCUAGUCUGUACUGUUUUGUAGUGUGCCCUUGAGUAACUGCCCUUCCUCUUGGAAGCCAUUGUAUUUCGGAGGCGGCAUCUAGUCCACCAAUUUCUGGGCUGAAGAGGUUGGCUGCCUCCUUGUGGCCAUUUUGUGCUAUUGCUAUGAUUGAUGAGUAGACCCUGCAAGCUCAAAUAAAAUAUAGUUUAGCCUUUCACAGAA